UCGAGUUAGGAAACAAGUGACUCGGGACAUUCCAACGGGACUUUGAUCUAAUCCGUAUAUUGGUGAAGUGUAAUAGUUUUUAGUCAGUUUUCUCGUCAGGAUCCAUUCGGGACAUCACCUGCAAACCCAACACAAGAUUCUCGAGUUACGAUUUAAAAGAAGAGAAUAAAAUGCCUCGAUCUUUCCUCGUCAAGAAGUAUUUCACCAGCAAAAAGCCCAAUUACAGUGAACUGGAAAGCCAAGCUGAUCCUUUCUCAGCAUUGUUGCCAGAAAGGUACCCACUGGCAGAGCUGCCAACUGGAGAAAAUGCUGCCUGCUAUCCCACAGGGCUGGUGUGGAAUGUGGGUAUCCUGCCCGCCCUGUACACCCCAGUGUCCCCCAGCGCCGCGUCCCCUCCGGGGCCCCUGGACCUCAGCUCCCAGUCCAGCAGCAGCAGUGAGGAGGAUGAGGGUCGCACGUCUGACCCACCCAGCCCGGAGCCGGCCGACUGCUUCCAGUGCACGCGCUGCAGGAAGAGCUACAGCAGCCCCGCCGCCCUCUCCCGCCACCAGCUGACCUGCACGGGGGCCGAGGAAAGGGCCAUGGCUUCCGGGCGCUCUGCCUUCCACUGCAAGCACUGUCCCAAGGAGUACAACAGCCUGGGGGCCCUGAAGAUGCACAUCCGCUCCCACACCCUGCCCUGCGUCUGCACCACCUGCGGGAAGGCCUUCUCCCGGCCCUGGCUCCUGAGGGGGCACAUCCGCACACACACAGGCGAGCGACCGUUCUCCUGCACCCACUGCAACCGUGCCUUCGCCGACCGCUCCAACCUGCGGGCCCACCUGCAGACCCACUCCGAGGUGAAGAAGUACCAGUGUGGGGCCUGCUCUCGCACCUUCAGCCGAAUGUCCCUCCUACACAAGCACACCCUCACCGGCUGCAUCUCCUCCUAGAGCCACACGCACCCACAGACUGAGAACCCCCAAACUAGUUUCAACAAGGAACCCCACCUCCCCCUCUUUGGGCACACUUGAGUCACCCUUUGCCUGCGGAGGGCUCACGAGGGACAUCUGAAGAGAAAGAAGAGAAAUGUUUGUACGGUGUGUGGCUUGGUAUGUGAAAACUGAUCUCCUCUUUGAUGUGUGGAUAAAUCCUCAAGUGCCUUUUACUCUGUAAUCAUGGCCAAAGAAAAGCAAAUAUUUUCCCCCAUAUGAACUGGAUAUGUGUGAUGUGCUCAUGACAGUGAUAUGCAUUUAGAUUUGUAGGUGGGGCGUUGGUGGGGGCAGGUGGACAUGUAAUUUACUCCCAGGGUGCCCUGCGGUGCCGGCUGGCCCGGGACAGUGGCCUGCUGCAGCUGCUUGUGUGUGUGUGUGUGUGUGUGAGAGUGGGGGUGUCUCUCAGCACGCUCCACACACAUCCAGGAAUGUAUUGAGACAGCUGCCCUGGUGCUGCACUGCAGGGACCGGGUGCUGACAGGUGCGUUAGCCCUGACCUAUCGCUCAGCCGACAGGUGACCCCCCCCCCCCCCCCCCCAUCCCCCCUUACUCGGAGGCAAACAAGAUUGAGCAUGGCAGCGUCGAGACCGCAUGGCUUGCAGAGUGGCGAGGUGCCUUGUGUGUUGCCGAAAGACUUCCUUCUCCAAACUGACCAUGUGCAGUGGAAUUGAGGGGGGGUCUGUUCCAGCAUUUUCUGUGACAUCUUUUCCAUUUGCAACAUUACCUUUUCUCUUGGUUGUUUCAGCCAAGUUAUUCCAAUGCACUAUAGCAGAUUGUAAAUCUAUUUCUUUUCAUGUGCAAAUGUAUAUCUACGAUUGUUGGAGAGCCGUAAGUGGUUUUGUCUCUGACAGAAAGGAAGCUUGCUUCAAUAUUUCAGUACACUUGGUUUAAGUGAGAUGGUUCUCAAACCAAAGAUAUUCUUCCAAACUCAGAUGGUCAUGUUUUACCAUUUUUGUAAAUAACUUGCUUGUCUUACAAUAUGCCAUAUUUGUUACUUUGACUCAAAAUACUGUUAACACCAAGCCCCAUUGCUUGGCUACAGGUCAAAAUGGUAUGUUCUAUAUGCCUUUUUAUCUUUUUUUUUUUUUAAGUAUAAUUUAUAUAGGGGAAGCAUUUUGAAAAUGCUGUGCAAUCUUUUUGACAAACUAGUUUUGGUUUCUGUUUUUUUAUUUUAUUUUUUAUCUCCUCACUUUUGUAUGGCUGAUAG